UCUGGAUCUCCUAUAUGAUUCCAUUAUAUAUACACUAGAGUAGUUACCUUACCUAAUUGAAAGCGCAUCACAUUCACAAUCAAAUUGAUUCUCAAGAAUUAUAAUUAAUGGCUUCGCAGCUGCCGUCAUAUUAUCCAUUCAACGAAUUUACGCCGCCGCCGUCGUAUCCGCCAUUGGCCGCCGGCUCUCUCUGGGUCGAAGACUAUCCGCCUUAUGAUCAAUCGUCCGAGUUAGACGGCGGCGGCGGCGGCAAUUAUAAUCCCGGGUUCAAGUUCCGGCCGACCGACGAGGAGCUGAUCAUCCACUACCUUCAGCCGGAGUUUCUUAAUGCCUCUCUGCCGCAGACAAGGAUCAUCAAUCAUGCAGAUAUCUACGACUACGAGCCACACCAGCUUUCUGGUUUGGUUAACGAAGAUCAUGGAGAUGGGAAGAUGUAUUUCUAUACUUGGAUAAAGAAGAUUGGAAAAUCCAAGACAGAUCGAAGCAUAAAAUCGAAGAAGGGGAAUUGGAAGCCAACUCAGGCCCCCAAAGAAAUCAAGGGUAGUAGAAGUGGAAGUAUCAUUGGGUACAAAACAUCUUUUAAGUAUUAUGAAGGCAAACAGAAAACCCAAUGGCUGAUGCAAGAAUACAAGCUCAACACUUCACACCAUUCUUCUCGACAACUUGUGCUCGCAGUAGUCUACUUUCAUCGCCAGAAAAGCAGAGGCGACAACAACAAUGACUGCUGA